AAGAAAAUAAUUAUUUCUAGACUUUUCAGCGCCAUUACGUGCGCGCGCAGUGCUUGUCGUGUGCGUGACGUAGUUAGCGCAUGCGCGCAGAGGAGUUUAUUCUUGUCAUGGCGCUGAACACAAACUACUGAUCAGAACUCUUCAUCAUCACUACAGGGAAUCUCUUUCUGUGCGAUGUCGUCUAGAAGAGCGCAGUAAUGUCGGGGAAUAAAGCGGUGGAGCUUCAGAUACAGAUGCGACAGAACGCAGAAGAUCUGCAGAACUUCAUGAAGGAGCUGAACAACUGGGAGGAAGAAAUCAAGAAGAAAGACCAGCAGCUUCGCACCGGAAACGUCAGCGAACCGCCGAAGACGCUCCCGCCGGUGAGGAACAAAGAUUAUAAGAAGACGAAGAAGAGUGUGAAGCAUCAGACUAACGGUGACGGUCCGAAGGAGCAGAAGGAGGCACAGCGCAUAAAAUCCUACGAUUAUCAGGCCUGGGAUAAAUUUGAUGUGGAAAAGACUCUGGAGGCCAUGGACACAGAGGAGAGCCCGGCCCACUCCAACGAAUCGGACUCUGAAGGGCUUCCGGUGGACAGAGAUCUGGCGCUGACCGAGAAAGAGAAGGGGAACGAGUUGUUCCGGGACGGCCGGUACGACAGCGCCAUCGAGUGCUACACCAGAGGAAUGGACGCCGAUCCGUACAGCCCCGUCCUGCCCACCAACAGAGCGGCCUGCUUCUUCAGACUGAACAAGUUCGCUGUGGCCGAGUCCGACUGUAAUUUGGCCAUCGCUCUGGACGGGAAAUACAUCAAAGCGUACAUCAGGAGAGCGGCGGCACGCGUGGUGCUCAACAAACACCAGGACGCUCUCGAAGAUUAUGAAGUGGUUCUCAAACUGGAUCCUGGAAACUCGGAGGCCCAGAAUGAGAUCCAGAAGCUGCAGCAGGUGCUGGGCUCGAGCGGAGGAACGGCGGAGAAGAGCGAGAGCGAUGCAGAGCAGACUACAGCGGAUCCCUUACAGCAGCAGCGGCUGCAGGAACAGCAGAGGAAACAGGAAGCAGUCGUGCAGAAGGACAGAGGAAAUGCUUACUUUAAAGAAGGCAAGUACGAGGCGGCGGUGGAGUGUUACUCCAGAGGAAUGGAGGCGGAUGGGACGAACGCGCUGCUGCCCGCUAACAGAGCCAUGGCCUACCUCAAACUCCACAGGUUCAGCGAGGCGGAGCAGGACUGCAGCGCGGCCCUCGCUCUCGACGCCACCUACGCCAAAGCCUUCGCCAGACGAGCCACGGCCAGAGCCGCUCUAGGCAGGAUCAGAGAGGCCAAAGAAGAUUUUGAGCAGGUUCUGAAGCUGGAGCCGGGAAACAAACAGGCCACGAGUGAGAUCGAGAAACUCUCAGCGGAGAUGAGGAGCAGCGGUCUUCUGGCUCCAGAGGAGAACAAACAGAGAAGCAUCCAGCCCAUCAACAAACCUGAACAUCUCAGAUCCACCAAACCCUUGAGGAGGAUUGACAUACAGGAGGUGGGUGGAGAGAUCUCAUCGUCCACGUCUGCCGUCACGUCUUCACCGCAUCACAAGAUCCAGAAGAUAGAGGAGAGCGUCUCAGACGCUCCUCUGUCCAGGGCCCCUGAAGAUUCAUCCCCAGAUGCUGAGUCGAUUCCUCCUCCACCCAGCAGCAGUUUUCAGCUGGAGGCCGACCUCAGGAAGAUCAGCCGUCAGCCACAAUCCACUUACAGAUAUCUGAAGCAAAUCAGUCCAGACGCUUAUCUGAAGAUCUUCCAGAACUCUCUGGAGCCUGAUGUUCUCAACCAUAUCCUCAAGACCUUCCACAGCUGCUUUCAACAUGAAGAUGCGUCUCUUCUGCUGGCCGUCCUGAGGAGCCUGGCGAGCGUGAGGAGAUUUGAUAUGGCCGUCAUGUUCAUGUCAUCCGCCGAGAAGAAAAUGUUACAGGAGCUGUUUGACUGGAUUCACAGCACCGAUCUGGGAGACGCAUCUGUUCAAGACUUACAGAAGAAAUACGGCCUUUGACCUCCACAGAAAUCUCUUCGGUUUAGAUUUAUACAAUCAUUCUGACACUGGACUGAAAACUGGAUCUCAGCCAUCAGUAUGAGGGGAAACUGAACCAGAAGCAAAACAGCUUCGGUGUGAAUGAAUCAGAUGCUCUGAUACCUCAGAAUGGACGCUUGGUGCCUUUAAACUCUGCAUGUGUUUGGAGUGUGUCACAGAAUUUCAGAUGAUAUUAUUGUGAGUCUAUCUAAAACGUUCGCUUUCGGUUCAUGUGUCUCUGUGUAUUAAAGUCAACAUGAAAUCCAAA